CUCUCUUGUUCUCUCGAUCUAGCUCUCUUAAGCAAAUUAAAGCUCUUCCCCUUCAUGCUCCUCAGCUGAUCUGGCUCUCCAUUUUCUGCUCCACUAAACAAAACCAAAAGAUCAAGCUCACAUUUCCUGAAAGUCUCUGGAACCCUCCUGAUGAUCCGUACGUAUUUCCAGAAAUCCAGGACUUCCCUAUAAGUUCUGUCAAAAAUCUCAGCCUAAUACUCACUCAAAGAGAGCGCCAGAGUUCCCGAGCUCUAUUCCAUAACUAUAAGUUGAGUCUCUAGCAUAAUCACAUAUCGAUAUCAUCCUCCAUUUUCUUCUUUUGCAUGGACGUCGACCCAUGGCACUCUGAAGUCAAGUGAUCAGUUUAAAUCUUAUUGCAACUCUUUUCCUUUGGCUUUUCUGGUGUUAUGGACUACUUGAAAGAAUUGGAAGGCAAGCGAAUCCAUGACCAUCUCGACCAAAAUACGGCGCAACCAAGGUGUAAGUGGGUGCCAGGGCCUGUCAUAGUUGGGGCUGGCCCUUCAGGUUUAGCUGCAGCAGCUUGUCUCAAACAAAGAGGUAUUCCAAGCUUAAUCCUCGAAAAAGCUGGGUGCCUAGCUUCCUUAUGGCAGCAAAAAACCUAUGACCGACUCCGUCUUCACCUUCCAAAGAAAUUCUGUGAGCUCCCCUUCAUGCCAUUCCCCAAGAAUUUCCCUACCUACCCAACUAAACAACAGUUUGUGGCAUAUUUAAAGGCCUACGCUGACCGUUUUGAGAUAAAACCUGUAUUCAACGAAACAGUAGUGAGUGCAAAGUUUGAUCAGGUUCGAGCGUUCUGGAGGGUUCAGACAAAGAGCUUGGAAAAUGAAGAAGCAGAGUACGCGAGCAAAUGGCUGAUAGUUGCAACUGGAGAGAAUGCAGAGAAUGUUGUGCCGCAAAUUGAGGGAAUGAAUGAAUUUUGUGGAACUAUGGUCCACACAAGUGCGUACAAGAGCGGGGAUUUGUUUAGUGGAAAGAGUGUUUUGGUGGUUGGAUGCGGUAACUCAGGCAUGGAGGUCUGCUUGGAUCUUUGCAACUAUAAUGCUCGCCCUUCCCUAGUGGUUAGAGAUUCGGUGCAUGUCUUGCCCCAGGAGAUGCUGGGAAGAUCAACUUUUGGAUUGUCCAUGUGGCUGCUCAAGUGGCUCCCCAUGCGCCUCGUGGAUCAAUUCUUACUCCUGAUGUCACUCAUGAUGCUUGGGGACACCGCUCAAUUUGGUCUAAAUCGCCCAAAGCUUGGUCCUCUUGAGCUCAAGAACAAGUUUGGCAAGACGCCCGUGUUAGAUGUUGGAACACUCGCCAAGAUCAAGACAGGGAACAUCAAGGUAUACAAAGCAAUAAAGCGUUUAAGGCACCAUGCUGUGGAGUUCGUUGAUGGGAAAGUAGAAAAGUUCGAUGCUAUCAUUUUGGCCACGGGAUACAAAAGUAAUGUCCCAUCUUGGUUAAAGGAGAGCGACAUGUUCUCCGAGAAAGAUGGGUUGCCUCGGGAACCAUUCCCGAAAGGAUGGAAAGGCGGAUGCGGGCUGUACGCCGUGGGAUUCACCAAACGUGGCCUGCAAGGCACGUCUGCCGAUGCCAGGAAGAUUGCAGAAGAUAUAGACUUUAGAGCACAGCUGGAAAGCUGAGGCAACACACUUCAAAUUACAUGGCUUUCAUUUGCUGGUGCACUAUAUAUACUACCAUGCACGACAAUUAUGAGCUGAUAAAAAAAGACUAGAGAUCGAUGCAAUCAACCGUGUAUAAUCUUCUUCCAUGGUUGAACAAGAUGAUUGUGCCAUGAAAUUAUGGUGCCCCAUUUGUUUAGAGCAAAGCAUGCAGGGAAAGAACAGAAAAAGUACUAGGAUUGAUCAGGAUAUAUAAAAACAUUCAAAUUGCGUGCACUCGACCUAGCUAGGUAAACAUAUAAGGUAAAAAGUUUGGAGAAUUGAAGUGCUGAGGGAAAUUUUAAUUUAAUUUCUUGUGCCAACUGUUUAAUAUCACUACUGGGGGAUGUAAUUAGAAACAUUAAAAAUUUACAGAGGUUAAAUUAAGAACCAAAAGAGUAAUUUGGGAUAUUUUA